GCCGCGAGGGUAGCGCCCGCCCUCCACUGAGACGAGCGGCUCCAGCGGCUCCAGCGGUUCCAGGAGUGGCGCUAGCAGCAUGACGGCCUCGCCCGCGGUGGUGGAGGCGGGCGGCGGCGGGCUGCCCGUGUCCGCGGGCCUGGGCAUCCGCGGCGGCCUGUCCUACCUCGCCGACUGCCACAACAGCACGCACGGCGACGCGGCGCCCCUCUGCGGCAUGAUGGACUACAACAACACGGCCGGCGCCGGCGACGAGAUGGUGGGCCCGCUCAUGGAGCGCAUCGUGUCGUACGUGGUGCCCCUCAUCUUCCUCGUCAUCGUGGUGGUGGGGCUGAUCGGCAACGCGCUGGUGGUGAUCGUGGUGGCGGCCAACGCGCAGAUGCGCAGCACCACGAACCUGCUCAUCAUCAACCUGGCCGUGGCGGACCUGCUGUUCAUCGUGUUCUGCGUGCCGUUCACCGGCACCGACUACUCGCUGCCGUCCUGGCCGUUCGGCGACACGUGGUGCAAGAUCGUGCAGUACCUCAUCGUGGUCACGUCCAUGGCGUCCGUGUACACGCUGGUGCUCAUGUCGCUGGACCGCUUCCUGGCCGUCGUCUACCCCAUCUCCUCCAUGACGUACCGCACGGAGCGCAACGCCCUGCUGGCCAUCUGGAUCAUGUGGAUCAUCUUCCUGGUCAUCUCCGUGCCCGCCUACAUGUACCACGGCCUGGAGACCUACUCCCACGGCGAGGUCCAGCACUCGCACUGCAUCUUCCUGGAGGCCGACCCCGUGCUCCGCAACUUCAGGAUCUUGUUCUUCGUCAUGGCCUACGUGUUCCCGCUGCUGACCAUCGUGAUCCUCUACCUGCUGAUGCUGACCCGGCUGUGGCACGGCGUGGCCCCGGGCGGCCGCGUGUCCGCCGACAGCCGCCGCGGCAAGAAGCGCGUCACGCGGAUGGUGCUGGUGGUGGUGGCCAUCUUCGCCUUCUGCUGGGGGCCCAUCCAGGUGGUGCUGGUGGCUAAAAGCCUCGACCUCUACGAGAUCAACGAGCUGACGCUGGUGGUGCAGAUCGUGAGCCAGGUGCUGGCGUACAUGAACUCGUGCGUCAACCCCAUCCUGUACGCCUUCCUCUCGGACAACUUCCGCAAGGCCUUCUUCAAGGUGGUGUCUUGCGGACACCCGCAGGCCACCCUGGAGACGCGCAACGGCCGCCUCAUGGCCGAGAAGUCCACCCGCACCACGGCCACCUCCCGGGUCAACGGCUCUAACCUGGACAUUUUGUGAGGGUCGGCUCCCGGGGCCGGCGGCGCCCCGCACGUCCCGCACGCCAGCGGCAACGGCGCGGGCCACAACAAGGAGCCCCUGUGCGAGGACUUCGUUUGAAGCCCUCGCCCCCGCCACAGAGGCCGCCACGGAGG